GGGCGUUGGUGUAUCAUCUUCAAACCAAAAUGGACAUCGAGGCAAAAAUCAUGGAAGACAUGCGUUCCUUAGGCUGCAAUUCUAACCUCAAAAUCGGUCUCGCUUUCCACCUUUACAUCUAUCUAGUCGACCAAAAACUCAUGUACGACACCGAAUACUGUUACAACAAAGACAUAGACACAUUGUACAUCGUGGCGAGGCCGACCGAAGGCGGGAAACUUAACAUUUACGUCCCAAUUCCAACUUCCAACGACAUUUCUCUCAAACUAAUCAGCAGUCUUCAAGAGAACCUGUGUACUGUGGAGACCGGGCCCACUGUGAACUUGGCAUUCGUCGAGGGGGACUCCACUACUGUCAUCUACAGCUUUACUAAAGGUUUACUGGAUCUACAGUCUCCUGAAGGGUUACUGAGGCGACGGACCCGCGAGGAGCGGAGAAACUUCAUUGAUAAUGAGCUGAGAAAGAACAGAGAUGACAUUCUGAAUAAUGCACUCAAUGGUGGUGUUGUGGAUGACCAUUAGUGACAGCAUAUUGAAUGAGAGUUGACAGUUCUGGGUCAUUAUUGGUGAUAUAAGCAAGUACUGUCUGCUGUUCUGUCCAUAGAACAUUGUGAGUGCAUAAGUCAAGCCUGGGCAUUUUGGGCAGUGCUGAAGACAGGAUGGAGUGAUGCACUCUUGUGAAAUGAAGGUCCUUUGUACUACCGGGGUACCAUAGUACAGCAACAAGUGCAUAAGUAAUAUGACUAGAUGUGGUUUGAUUCAAGUCUGAAUCUUUUGGAUGAAUACACAGUGAAUAUUCAGACUUUGUCAUAUGAUAAGAUUUAAACUUACCUACUGCAGGUGGGCAGGUAGAAAAUGCUUUUAGCAUUAACUUCAACUAAUUUUGUAUCAAUAUAUUGUACAUUGCACUGAUGCUGUGUGCAUGUUAAAGUUAUAUAAUAACAUAGUGUAGUGUGUACAUUCAUGAAUAAAACAACUUAUUUAAAAUCUACAACUCUAUUUAUUUGUAACUACAAAUAUAAUGAAUUUGGUCUUGUAAUAAAUGUAAUAAGUAAUGCACUUUUCUCUUAAUGAUUUAGUUAUAAAUAUAGGAUAUUCCUGCAUUUAGGAAAUUAGAUUCUAAUUGGAAGUUAUGAAUAUAAAUGCACUAGCCUCAGUUUCCAAAAUGUAAGUAUUCAAUGUUUCUUAUAAAUGUAAACUUCGUUCAUUAUUCUGAAAUGAAUAUAGUUUUCCAACAAACUUGAAGCUAAUACCUAAUUACUGUAAUUACAUAGCACAACAUAUUUACUGGCUACUUCCACCGAAGUUAGGUAACUGCAGAUUUACCUCCAGAACCCCUUCUAAAACUGUAGGAACUAAAGUAACAGUUGU